AUCGCCCUUUACCAGUCAAAGAUGGAUUUGGUUGCGGGAGUCCGGAAAGAAGGCAGCCGCGGCGGCCGGGGCGAGUUCAAAUGGUCUGAUGUCCAAAACUCGAGCCACCGCGAAAACUAUCUUGGUCAUUCGGUGAUGGCCCCUGUCGGCCGAUGGCAACAGAAUCGUGAUCUCUCAUGGUAUGCCAAGGGCGAUGCAGAUGCUGAGGAGGAACGGGCCCGCCAGCAACGCGAAGAGCUCCAGCGUGUCAAGGAUGCCGAGGAGGAAGCUAUGGCCCGCGCACUCGGACUACCAAUCCCACCCAAGGCCGAGGAAAACGCCAAUUUGACGCCACUAGGAGAAAACGCAAAGACUCAGGUGAAACCAGAUGAGGCUGGGGCGAAAGAAUCAGGGAGAGAGUCGCGGGGAAGCCGAAGACACAGGCAUGACCGCAGUCGAAGCCCACAUCGAGAGAGGCACAGAGAUCGCAGCGAUGACCGUGCUCGAGAUCAGGAGCGAAGACACCGCAGACACCACGAUGACGACCGGGAAAGGAAUCGUGAAAGAGAUCACGAUCGAGAUCGUCAUCAUCGAAGCCGCCGACACCGGUCUCGCGACAGAGAUCACCAUAGGAAACGAUCUCGCUCGCGCUCUCGUGACCAAUACAAACGAGGAGAGGAGACUAGGUCUCGGCGGAUCGAGCGUAGUCGUUCCCCUGAACGUCGCAGAGACCGAGAUGAUCGCGACCGGCGACACUGAUUUAUGACACACAUGAUAUCCAUUUAUUGCAAUACAAUACCACUUGGGCAAUCUUGACCCAGCCUCACGAUUUCGCAAGAACCCGACAGUUUAAUUACUUAGACGAGAAUGUCAGAAGAUACAACCAUUUUCACUCUAUCUCUUCGUCGAAAACGGCAAAUCUCGAGGGUUGGACACAUAGCCAACAAACUCAUGUAUGCAAUGAUCAUCGCUAUCUAAUGCAUGCAAAAUGCAUGUGACGAAAAGCUAAUUUACAUAAAAGGCCAAUCAAUGCCUUACAGCUCAUCGUGAGAGGUCUGUUUGCCCUCGGGCAGAUCCGGCAUGGACAUAACGUUCACCACCAGACUGGUCCAGCCAGUAAAGUGCUGUGUACGCUGUCCCUUGCCCGUCUCCGGGUUAUACUGUUCCCAGGCAAACCCAGUGCUCUUCCACUCACGGAAAAUAUUCUCGACCAAGUUCUUCCGCAGCUUCG